AUGUGUGGUUUGUGCAACGCGGCUAUCGAUCUCUACCGCUUAUUUAUUUUCAAAUUGCUCUCCACCGCACCCGCCUUUUCCGUCGUGCACGUGCACAAUGUGCCGCGCAGAGGAGAUUCGCCCGAAGUUCAGACACGAUGUGUUCGGGGUCCUCUCGGCGAAGGCGAUCGCUCGCCGAGUGCAUCUUUGAUCGCAUUAAUCUGCGGCGAACCUUCAUAA